GUGUUGGCGCGAGAAAGCAUGUUUUUGGCCUGGGGGAGACUCUGCACCCUUAGCUGUAGACCUAAAUUCCUGAAGACAGUUUGGGCUUCAAAAAUCCUUGGACUCUCUACUUCUGCUGUUCAACUUGGUGGGGACUCUCUGUGCUUCCUGUACCUGGAAAAUGUCUUUGAAAUUCAAAAAUGCAAAACGAAUUGAAGGCCUUGAUAGCAAUGUGUGGAUUGAAUUUACCAAACUGGCUGCAGACCCUUCUGUUGUGAAUCUUGGCCAAGGCCUUCCAGAUAUAUCCCCUCCUGUAUAUGUAAAGGAAGAAUUAUCCAAGAUUGCAGCAAUUGAUAAUUUGAAUCAGUACACACGGGGCUUUGGUCAUCCAUCACUUGUGAAAGCUCUGUCCUGCCUAUAUGAAAAGUUUUAUCAAAAUCAAAUCAAUCCAAAUGAAGAAAUCCUCGUGACAGUAGGAGCAUAUGGAUCUCUUUUUAACGCUGUUCAAGGACUGAUUGAUGAGGGGGAUGAAGUCAUAGUGAUAGUGCCUUUCUAUGACUGCUAUGAGCCCAUGGUGAGAAUGGCUGGAGCAACACCUGUUUUUGUUCCCCUGAGAUGUAAACCUGUUGAUGGGAAAACAUGCUCUAGUUCUGACUGGACCUUAGAUCCUCAAGAACUGGCAAGCAAAUUUAAUUCCAAAACCAAAGCUAUAAUACUAAACACUCCGCAUAACCCCCUUGGCAAGGUGUAUACCAAAGAGGAACUCCAAGUAAUUGUCGACCUUUGCAUCAAAUAUGACACACUCUGCAUCAGUGAUGAGGUUUAUGAAUGGCUUGUAUAUACUGGAAACAAGCAUUUUAAAAUAGCCACUUUUCCAGGUAUGUGGGAGAGAACAAUAACCAUAGGAAGUGCUGGAAAGACUUUCAGUGUAACUGGCUGGAAGCUUGGCUGGUCCAUUGGUCCUAAACAUUUGAUAAAACAUUUACAGACAGUUCAGCAAAACACCGUUUAUACUUGUGCAACCCCUUUACAGGAAGCCUUGGCUCAAGCUUUCUGGAUUGACAUCAAGCGCAUGGAUGACCCAGAAUGUUACUUCAAUUCUUUGCCAAAAGAGUUAGAAGUAAAAAGAGAUCGGAUGGUACAUUUACUUGAAAGUGUUGGCCUAAAACCCAUAGUUCCUGAUGGGGGAUACUUCAUCAUUGCUGACGUGUCUUUGCUAGAUGUAGACCUCUUCGAUAUGAAGGACAGCAAGGAACCUUAUGACUAUAAAUUCGUGAAAUGGAUGAUUAAAAAUAAGAAACUGUCAGCCAUCCCAGUUUCAGCAUUCUGUAAUGCAGAAACCAAAUCACAGUUUGAGAAAUUUGUGCGAUUUUGCUUCAUUAAAGCUCUGACACUCCAUACCUGUCUGCACUGGCAGAUGCCUGCCUCAUCCCCUCCAGGCUCCAUGCUGCCUGCAAGCACCCUGCCAUACAGAUGCCUUGCUUACUUAGCCCCUCGAUUCGGACGCCCUGAUCCAGAAAGACAGUACACUGGAUGCUGCUGAAGAAAUCAUCAAGGCAUGGAGUAGACCGAACUCUUGAUACAUGCAGAGUGUGUUGUUUCUAUUAAAUGACCUAAUAUAAAAUUACUUGGUGCUGCCACUUGCUGGAUAUUGGGAAAAAAAAAUCUUUCAGUACAAAUAAAAUUUAAAGGAGUAUUUCCAUUGGUAACCUCACCCCUAACAAUAUUCUGGGGAUCUUUUUUUUUUUUUUUGCUGAACUGUAUUAAA